GGAUGUCAUGCCUGCCAUGGUUACAGUUCCUGGUUACGCCGAGAUGAACUGAGCACCUGACGGAAAGUUUGUUCUUGUAGUUUUAUGCUAAAUGGUUUUUUGCUGCCUGUGAAAUGUGGAGAUUAAAUAAAGUUCGCCAUAAAGCUGGUGGGCAUGCUAACAGCCUGGAGGAGCUCAGGACGAAGAGGAGAGAAAAAGAAAGAGCACUGAGGCAAGCCCGCAGAGACAGACAACUUGUGAGCAAGAGGCUCCUUCGUAAUGAAGAUGAAGAACAGGACACCAUGGAGGUUACACCUGGGGAACAGGAUGUGGUCACCUUGUUCCAAAAACUUCACCAUGGCGGCACAGAAAAAGAGGCCUUCUUAAGACCCUUGAGUAAAGCUCUGCGUAACCCAUCAGCUCAACUCACCUUCAUUAAGCUGGAGAACAGCAUGCACCUGCUGGUCGGCCUCCUCACCGGCUCUGACGCUCGCUGCCGUCUGCAGGCUGUUCGCUGUCUUCAUGAGCUCUCUCACUCCACCCACACCAGCGUUGCGUCCGCCUGUCUGCCCGCUACCCCCUAUCUGCUCACAUACCUGUCAGGCCAGAGCACCAAGUUCACAGAGCUGUGUCUGUACACACUGGGGAAUAUAUGCCCGGACAGCGAGACGGUAAAAGAGAGGCUUCUGGCCCAGGGAAUCAUCCCAGCACUGGCCGGCUGUAUGCAGAACCACAGACAUAACCUGGCAGUGGUGGAAGCUGCAGGCUUUGCCCUCUUUCAGCUUCUGCAGAGCAAAGAUGCAGUGCAGAAAGUUAUCCCGACAGUCCUGGCCUCCAGCUUACCUUCACAGCUGCUAUCAGUUCUGACUCCUGAUCCUGAUUUUGGUCUGGCUCCAGCUAUAGAGUGUGCAUGGUGUCUGCACUCCCUCACAUCCAGCAGCUCUGAGGAUCACAGAGAGCUGUUGGCGCAAGGGGCCUUGAGGCAGUGUGGUUCCUUGUUGGUGUCACUAGGUGGUGCUGUGGCUGAUGGAAACACUGACCAAGGCGUGGAGCUGCUUGUGUGUCCCCUGCUGAGGUGCGUUGGAAACCUCUUGUCGUCCUGCCCUGCAGAAACUCUCCACUCUCAGCUGGGUGGUGUUGAUCUGGUGGCGCCGCUGUGUGAACUUGUUGUUGCCCUUAUUCACACUCUGCCGACCCUCGCCAGAGAGACAGCCUGGGUCCUCAACAACCUCACAGCCCACUCCACAGAAUCUUGUUCCGCUCUCUUAACUUUAAACUUGGUGCCGAGACUGUUGGAGCUUCUUCCUUUUUCUCAAGGCAUUAAUACUAUGGUUCUAAGGGUUUUAGCAAACGUUGCCCACAAGAAAAAGGAGUUCUGCAUCCAGCUGGCGGAGCUUGGACUGCUGUCUGCCCUCACUGCUACUCUAAAAAUGGCCGACCAAGACAUAGUGACUCUGAGUCUGGAGGUCCUGUUCAUGAUGAUUGUUAGUUCUCCGCAGAUAGCAGAGCAGUUUGUCAGCCAAGGUGGACUUUCAGUUUUAGAAGCCAUUCAGUACAACAGCGAUGGAGAGAUGGAAAACGUUACUGGUUCACCCGACCCAAUCCCAGGACAACUAAAAGAAAAGGAAAGACUUUAAGGAUGUUGAGUAAUUUGUCUUAACAGUUGUAUUGUUUUAUAUUCUGCAACCUCUAUAAUGUUAUCAAAUGGCUACACUUACUUUUUAAGUGUAGAUUUUUAAAUAUUUUUUUUCUAAAUAAUGAAUUGUACACAUUUACUUUUUUGUUCUGCACAAUUAGUCAAAUCCAUGAAGAUUUGACAAAAUCUAAUACGCAGUUUAUAAAAUUAGCUUUUUCUACGCUGGUACAGUAUAUUUAGUGUAAUGUGUCUACAUCCCCAGUUAGCAAUGUACUAGUCAAUAAAUUUUUAUGUAAUAAAAAUGUUAAUUUAUUUAAGUAAAUUGUAAUAAAAGUGAAACUAAACUUA